AACUACUUCGACUGAUCCUAUACUACAUCACUAUGGCAGGAAGAAUCCAUACGCCAGUCGCAAGCGAUGCGCCAGCAUGCCGGGGGGUGUACCUGCUCUCGCAUCCACGAUACUACACCACUAUGGCAGGAAGAAUCCAAACGCCAGUCGCAAGCGAUGCGCCAGCAUGCCGGGGGGUGUACAUGCUCUCGCAUCCACGAUACUACACCACUAUGGCAGGAAGAAUCCAAACGCCAGUCGCAAGCGAUGCGCCAGCAUGCCGGGGGGUGUACAUGCUCUCGCAUCCACGAUACGGUCCGCGUCCAACUUGCUCCAGAGAAUGAUGGCAAAGCAGCCGGGCUGCCAGAGCUCAGAGUACAAAUUGAUGGAUGCAGGACUUGCGGCGAGAUCGCAGCUGCGUAAAGGUCGCUUGAGUGAAUGGUCGGAUGAGGAGCGCGAGGUCUUGUAUGACAUGUUCCGGGCUGGAUUUGACAAGGUUCAAGACGAACUGGCAGAUGCAAGAAAGAAUGGCAAUCAGGUCUUUAUGAAAGAACACACUUCGUUCCUGUCAGGUCCGGACAAACUCUUCGCCCGCACCUUUGAUGGAGAUGAAGUGGACCCCCUCGUCGUCUAUGAGCGCAACGCGCCUAAGUCUCCCCAUACCAACCCCACGAGCAUGCCUGACAGUCUACUGCUCUCCAUGCAGCCCAUCUUCCAGAUCCGACACCCAGUACUCAUGUUUCCGUCGAUGCUCCGCGCUAUGAUCAAGCUCAACGGCCGUGCCCGUCCACGCGACCUGGAAGUCACGGCGAUGCUGACGCUGCGAUAUUCUCGUGAUUUGUUCGACUGGUACCUCAACCAUGGAGGUGAGGUGAAGCCGAAGGUAAUCGAUGCUGAUGACAUUAUCAACGACAGAGCUGUAGUUCGACAGCUCUGUAUCGAGACGGGCAUGGACCCCGAUGCUGUCCAGUACGAGUGGGAGAUCCGAGAAGAGAAGGACCCGUUGAAGGCGAUCUUUCUCUCCACCAUAAAUGCGUCCACGUCUGUCAUCCCAGGCUUGGUUGCCCGAGGUCUUGACUUUGACAUUGAGAAGGUGAAGUGGAAAGCAGAGUUUGGUGAAGGGGAUGGCGAAGAUCUUGCAAAGCUUGUCCAGGAUGCGAUGCCAGACUACAACUAUCUACUAAGCCAGCGAACUCUUCCUGGGCAGGUGGACAGUCCGCAGGCACAAGAUUAGCCUACGGAGGUAUACCAAGAACUUGACAGUGUUCUGUAUUCCAAGUUCAAAAAAAGACCGCGCUGGUGUUACAGACUAUGGCAUUCGGAGCCGUAUUCAACUUCCCUCCCAGUUUCUGCGAAUGCUAGCGGGAGAAGGCCAGUUCUUCAUUUUUUUUCACAGCAAGAGCACAUCUUUAAGCAUUUCACCUUCGACUAAAACCUUGGCAACAGAGCCCUUCAUUUGUUUACUAUAUCUGGUAGAGCUUAUUAGUAACUCAAUAAGCUCUAUCGCA